AUGGCGAUUUCUAAACCCAGAAAUCUGGAAAUAGUGAUGUUUCCUUUCAUGGCACAAGGCCAUAUCAUUCCUUUCGUAGCUCUAGCCCUUCGUUUAGAGAAGAUGUUGAAGACCAAAGACGACACUCAUCUCAAAACCACUAUCUCUCUGGUGAACACUCCUUUGAACAUCCCCAAACUCCGUUCAAAUCUUCCACCUGAAUCAUCCAUAAGACUCAUCGAGUUACCUUUCAACAGCUCUGAUCAUGGUCUCCCUCACGACGCUGAGAAUUUCGAUUCUCUUCCUUACUCUCUAGUCAUCAGCCUUUUUGAAGCUUCUAGAUCGCUGCGUGAGCCUUUCAUAGAACUUUUGAGGAAGAUCUUGAAGGAAGGAGAUGAUGGGGAGAGCUCUAUUAUGGUGAUCUCUGACUUCUUCUUGGGUUGGAUCGGUAAGGUUUGCAAAGAUGUCGGUGUUCCUUCAGUGAUCUUUAGUGCUUCUGGUGCUUUCGGGUUAGGUUGUUACAGAUCCGUGUGGAUUAACUUGCCACACAAAGAAACCGAACAUGAUCGGUUUCUAUUACAUGAUUUCCCAGAAGCAGGGGAGAUUGAAAAAACUCAGUUGAAUUCUUUCAUGUUAGAAGCUGAUGGAAGUGAUGAUUGGUCGGUUUUCAUGAAGAAGAAUAUGUCCGGAUGGGCUGAUUUCGAUGGAUUCUUGUUCAACACAGUUGCGGAAAUCGAUCAGGUCGGGUUAUCCUACUUCCGUAGAAUAACCGGUGUUCCGGUUUGGCCGGUCGGACCGGUUUUGUUCUCUCCGGACAGAAAGUCGGCGGGAUCAAGGUCGACAGAGGAAGCUGUGAGAGCAUGGCUUGACUCAAAGCCGGAUCAUUCAGUGCUCUAUGUAUGUUUUGGCUCAAUGAACUCGAUCUCUCAAACGCAUAUGUUAGAAUUGGCUAUGGCAUUAGAGAGUAGCGAGAAGAACUUCAUAUGGGUCGUGAGGCCGCCGAUAGGCGCGGAGGCGAAUAGAGAGUUCGAGAUGAAAGAGUAUUUGCCGGAAGGAUUUGAGGAAAGAAUCAAAAUGUCGGAAAGAGGGUUCAUUGUGAAGAAAUGGGCACCACAAGUUGAUAUAUUGUCACACAAGGCAACGAGUGUGUUUUUUAGUCAUUGUGGAUGGAACUCGAUACUCGAAUCGAUUAGCCAAGGUGUGCCAUUGCUCGGAUGGCCUAUGGCGGGCGAGCAAUUCUUUAAUUCAAUAUUGAUGGAGAAACAUAUCGGGGUAUCGAUUGAGGUGGCGCGCGGGAAGAAGUGUGAUAUCAAAUGUGAUGAGAUUGUUUCUAAUAUCAAAUUGGUGAUGGAAGAGAGUGAGGUAGGGAGAGAGAUUAGGAAAAAGGCUAAAGAAGUGAAGGAACUAGUGAGGAGAGCAACGGAAGAUGGAGCUAAUGGGUCUUCUCUCAUUGGUUUGGAGGAGUUUCUUGGUCAAGCAAUGGUCAAGAAAGAGAAGAUUUAA